CAGUGGUAAGAUAACAGUAUUCUUUGGUCUAUCCACAGUCUCUCUGAUCUACCAAAGCAUUUAUAGCUUCACACAGUCAUGGCUUCCGAGAAUAAGAAGAUGCCCGGUCAGUACGACUACAUCAUUGUUGGUGCAGGUCCAGGUGGAUGUCAGAUGGGUUACUUCCUGGAGAAGAAAAAGCGUAGUUACGCAAUCCUGGAAAUGAAUGAUUUACCAGGUUCGUCCUUCGCAGAACACCCACGUCAUCGUACUUUGAUAUCGAUCAAUAAAAGAUUCAACCCAUUCCCAGAACCGGAAUACAACAUGCGACAUGACUGGAACUCGUUGCUAAGCGAUGAUCCCGAACUCCUCUUUACCAAAUACUCUAAAGAGCUGUUCCCAAAUGCUGAUGAUCUGGUUCGCUACAUGAAUGAUUUCGCGAAGAAGUUUAACCUCAACAUUCAUUACAAUACCCGAGUGCAGAAGAUAAAGAAACUGGAAAGUCAACCCAAAUCCAGCGAAAAUUUCUCUCUGCAAACGUCCAAAGGCGAGUACCGAUGCAAAGUUCUGUUAAUGGCUACUGGUGCACGUGACGAGAAAGUUCCCAAGAAAAUCAAAGGUCACGAGCUUAUGGAGACGUACUGUAACCACAGUCUUGACACCGAGAAAUACAAUGGGAAGAAAGUAUUGAUUCUCGGUAAUGGCAACAGUGCUUUCGAAGUUGCUAACCACCUCGCUGGAGCAGCUAGUAUAAUACAUAUAUUUGGAGAUCGGAAAGUAAAGCAUGCUUGGGACACUCACUUUGUAGGUGAUCUUAGAGCAGUUAACGAUACUGUACUUGACAUGUACCAGUUGAAAUCUCUGCACGUUUACCAGGCUGUGAACUUAAUAGAAGUGGAGAAAACAGAUGAAGGUUACGUUUGCACUAUUGACGACAUUGUUCCACAUUGGCGGGAAAGUCAGGGCCACGUCAAAGUAAAACUACCUCCAUAUGAUCACGUCAUCUGCUGCACUGGCUUCAAUUAUGUAGAUUUAACGAUGUUUGACGACAAUUGCAAACCAGUAACCAAACAGGAUGACAAGUUCCCAGUUAUCUCCAAUACGUGGGAAUCCAACAUCGACAAUAUGUAUUUCAUGGGCACAGUGAUGCAAUGCCGCGACAGGAAAGCUGCUUCCGGGUUUAUUCACGGGUUCCGAUACAACGUACGUACUCUGCACAAGUUCCUUGAAGAACGUUACGAAGAAGUCCCAUAUCCACGCGAACUUUACCCGCUUGAAAUUAACACACUCUCUGACAAGAUCCUAGAACGCGUAAGUGUCAGUGAUGGUAUAUAUCAAAUGAAUAACGAGUUGUGUCACGUGAUAGCCAUUCCCGAAAUCGACCCUAACAUGAAAGGAGAAAUUAAAGCUGAACUCUACCAAGAUUUCCCAAAACCAUAUGUACUUGAAACUGCCAUUAAAGGAAGAUUCGCUAAAUACAAGCACGUAUUCGUUAUUGUACUGGCGUACGGAUUUCAAGACUUCGGAGAAGAUGGCAAACACGCGAUGGAGUUUGCUCACUUUCCCGAACUGAACGCUACUGAUUGUCAGGCAUUCCUACAUCCCGUUAUUACCUACUACAAGGACGGUGAUCUUAAGGAUGAACUGAAAUUACCCGAGUCGUUAAUGCUGAGAUUCGACAUUCCUUUGACUCUGAACCAAAACCCAGAUGUGGGAAAUAAUAGGCUGAGAAAUUUCAUCAACAAACAGUUGAAUCUAAAGCCCGGACAACAUUUGUAUGAAGGAUUCUUCAUGGAGAAAGUGUCAGACAGAGUCACUCCCUUCACAGAGGACGAGAAAAGCAGAGUACCGGAUCUUAGCGUCUUCAAGAGGUGCAUUCCAUUCAGCAUCGACUUAAAACCAAAGCUGGCUCACUAAUCUUUGAACAUCAAGUCACUUAAUUGCACUACGAGAUCCCGCGUUAUGCGUUAAAACAAGACCAUUCAAACAACAGUCGUAGUGGCGUUGAUUUGACAAACGCGAGACCAUUUUUGUGCGUUUCCGCGUGCUAUACAUAUCACACAUCGCUGCUGUUUGAUUAUUAUUAGUAGCAGUAGCAGUGGUAGUAACUUCUGUAAUUUUUAUAUCCGUUGAGUAACAAUGUACAUGGUUGAUAUUUGAGAAUAAAUAGUGCUAAAAUAUA